AUGGCCAGGGAUGCUCUGAUGGACUACGAGUACCCGGACCUGGAUCCUCUCCCCACCGUGGCCCAGCAAGAAGUCAUCCUGCCCUGCAAUCCCACGGCCGACGACAAGCUCUACCACAUCUGCAUCACCGCCAUAUCUGUGGUGAUUAUGUUAAUACUCGCCAUUUUAGCUCGAAACAACAGAUCAGCCAACAAACAGAAAGGCCUCGCAGGUUUACUCAGCCCGGUGAACUUCCUGGACCACACGCAGCACAAAGGUUUGGCCGUGGCCGUGUUCGGGGUCCUCCUGUGUCGACUGUUCGGGCUCGUCCUGAAUGAAGACCCGCUGCCCUUCACCGCACAAACGCAACACAAACAGAACUGGGUGAUCCUGGGCGUGUUCUAUUACCCGGCGCUGUACUACCCGCUGCUGGCAUGUGGCACUCUGCACAAUAAAGUGGGCUACGUCCUGGGCAGCCUCCUCUCAUGGACCCACUUCGGAGUUCUGGUCUGGCAGAAGAUCGACUGCCCCAAAACGCCGCAGAUCCACAAAUAUUUCUCUCUGUUCUCCAGUUUUCCACAAAUCGCCUGUUUGGCAUUCCUCAGCUUCCAGUACCCCCUGCUGCUGUUCAAGGGUCUGCAGGGCACCGACACCGACACCGGCACCGAGGACCUGAACAGCAGCUACUACAGGGACUACGUCAAGGAAAUACUAAAGAAGAAAAAGCCCAGUAAAAUCAGCUCGUCCAGUGAGAGCCCCGGUCUGUCUCAGCGGAUGGUGGACGCGGUGAAGUCGUACAUCUACACGCCCGAGGACGCGUUCCGUUUCCCCCUGAAGCUCGCCAUCUCCUGCGUCGUCGCCUUUAUAACUCUGUACCAGAUGACCCUGCUGCUGCUGCUGUCCGUGGUGCCGACGCUGCAGAUCGCGCGGUUGGGAGUCGACCUGGACAUCGCCAAAGUUUUAUCCGGUUUCAGAAUCGAUCUUUCUCCGGACAAACACGAGGUGAUGAGGCUCGUGAUCUUCUACAUCUGGUGCGUCGAAGUGUGUUACAUUUCGGCUCUGACGCUGUCGGCUCUGGUGAGCCUGGCCAUGCUCAUGCGCUCCAUGGUUCUGCACAGGUCAAACCUGAAGCUGCUGUACAGAGGAGACGUCUACGGCGUGUACAACCGUCAGAGGAGGAUCCGCCCGUCCAGGCCGGCUCUGGUCUGCUGGAUGGGCUACACCAGCACCGCGGCUCACACCGUCGUCGCUGUGCUCAUCCAGACUCUGGUGUUCUUCCUCUCUCUGCUUGUGGCCGUCUUCCUCGUCAUCGUCCCCAUCCUCCACGGACAAAACCUGUUCCUGUUCCAGGCUCUGUGGAGCAUGUGGCCCUUCUGGCUCAUGAUCAUUGUGGUGGUGCUGGUGCAACACUUCAGCGCCAGGUUUUUUUUCAUUAAAAAGACGGCCGGCACACGGGACCUGGACCACAGGCCGAAUCUGUUCCUGAUGACGUACGUGCUGUUCCCCGUCAGUGUCCUGGUGGGGGCGCUGUUGGCCGCCUGGCGCGUGCUCAUCACGGCGCUCUUCAACAUCGUUCACAUGGGACGCAUGGACAUAAGUCUCCUGAACCGCAGCGUGGAGGCGUUUGACCCAGCCUACCGCUGCUACGCUCAUUAUCUGAAGAUCGAGGUGAGCCAGUCCCACCCGGUGAUGAAGGCCUUCUGCGGGCUGCUGCUGCAGAGCGGGGGCCCGGACGGCGCCGCGCUCAGGCCCAGAGACGCAGAGGAAGGGAUCCAGCUCGUGCAGAAGGAGAAGAAAGUGCACAAAGUGUCGAGCGCCAAACGAGCGCGCGGCCGCUGGCAGCUCCUCUACACGCUGGUGAACAACCCCGCGCUGGUGGGCACGAGGAAGCACUUCCGGCGGCAGAGCGCGGGAGGAGGAGGGGGCAGCUUCGUGAACGGCAGCCUCAAGAAGAGCACCAAGGCCGGAGGGGGCGGGAGCCUGAAGGACGCGGCGGGGGGGAGCGCAGCGAGCAACUAA